AACAACUGGUGAACCCACUCCAACCAUCAUUGAUGUGUCGAUAGUAACUGGUGAACCCACUACAACCAUCACUGAUACAUCAACAACAACUGGUGAACCCACUACAACCAUCACUGAUACAUCAACAACAACUGGUGAACCCACUACAACCAUCACUGAUACAUCAACAACAACUGGUGAACCCACUACAACCAUCACUGAUACAUCAACAACAACUGGUGAACCCACUCCAACCAUCAUUGAUGUGUCGAUAGUAACUGGUGAACCCACUACAACCAUCACUGAUACAUCAACACCAACUGGUGAACCCACUACAACCAUCACUGAUACAUCAACAACAACUGGUGAACCCACUACAACCAUCACUGAUACAUCAACAACAACAGGUGAACCCACUACAACCAUCACUGAUACAUCAACACCAACUGGUGAACCCACUCCAACCAUCAUUGAUGUGUCGACAACAACUGGUGAACCCACAACAACAGUCACUGUUGUGUCAACAACAACUGGUGAACCCACUCCAACCAUCAUUGGUGUGUCAACAACAACUGGUGAACCCACAACAACAGUCACUGCUGUGUCGACAACAACUGGUGACCCCACCACAACCAUCACUGAUACAUCAACAACAACUGGUGAACCCACUACAACCAUCACUGAGUCAACAAAAACAACUGGUGAACCCACCACAACCAUCACUGAGUCAACAAAAACAACUGGUGAACCCACCACAACCAUCACUGAUACAUCAACAACAACUGGUGAACCCACUACAACUGUUACUGGGGCAUCAACAACAACAACUGGUGAACCCACUACAACUGUCACUCGUGGGUCGAAAACAACUUCUGAACCCACUAUAACCGUAACUGAUUCAUCAACUACAGCUGAGUCAACAAAAACAACUGGUGAACCCACUACAACUGACACUGGUGUGUUGACAACAACUGGUGAACCCACUACAACUGACACUGGUGUGUUGACAACAACUGGUGAACUCACUACAACUGACACUGGUGUGUUGACAACAACUGGUGAACCCACUACAACUGACACUAGUGUGUUGACAACAACUGGUGAACCCACUACAAUAUUCACUAGUGUGUUGACAAAAAUGGUUACAGCGUCACCCACUACAUCCGUCACUGGUACAUCAGCAACAAUGGCUACAGCUGCACCCGCAACAACCGUCACUGGUACAUCAGCAACAACGGCUACAGCUGCACCCACAACAACCGUCACUGGUACAUCAGCAACAAUGGCUACAGCUGCACCCGCAACAACCGUCACUAGUACAUCAGCAACAACGGCUACAGCUGCACCCACAACAACCGUCACUGGUACAUCAGCAACAACGGCUACAGCUGCACCCACAACAACCGUCACUGGUACAUCAGCAACAACGGCUACAGCUGCACCCACAACAACCGUCACUGGUACAUCAGCAACAAAGGCUACAGCUGCACCCACAACAACCGUCACUGGUACAUCAGCAACAAUGGCUACAGCUGCACCCACAACAACCGUCACUGGUACAUCAGCAACAAUGGCUACAGCUGCACCCACAACAACCGUCACUGGUACAUCCGAAACAACGGCUACAGCUGCACCCACAACAACCGUCACUGGUACAUCAGCAACAAUGGCUACAGCUGCACCCGCAACAACCGUCACUGGUACAUCAGCAACAACGGCUACAGCUGCACCCACAACAACCGUCACUGGUACAUCAGCAACAAUGGCUACAGCUGCACCCACAACAACCGUCACUGGUACAUCAGCAACAACGGCUACAGCUGCACCCACAACAACCGUCACUAGUGCAUCAAAUGUCACCACAACGACAACGGCUACUCCUGUCAUCACUACUGCUAUCGUCACGACAACUGCAACUACCGCUGUUGCAAUCACUAGGUUCCUGUGGUGUUCAGGUCCAGAGGAGAGACAUUUACCUCUGAUCUAUCAAACCCAUCAUCUCAGGCCUUUCAAACAAGAGCAUUACUGAUUAUAACUCAGCUUGAACCUUUCUAUCGAUCGGCUUUCACCUCUUUCAACAGUUUGACUGUAACAGAAUUCAGCUCUGGAUCCAUCAUCAAUACUGUAAAUGUAGCAUUCAGCUCCCCCUCGGUCCCUAAUAUCACAGAGAUUGGCACUGUUUUGAUAAAUGCUGCUCAAAACAUCACAGCUUUGGAAAUUGACCCCAACUCAGUGACGGUCAACAACACAGCUGCAGCCACAAAAACUCUUACCAGUGCAAUAACAACGAGUGGCUUAUCGACAAGAACUGGUGAACCCACUACAUCCGUCACCAGUGUGUCGACAAUGAGUGGAGCAUCAACAACUGCUGUUACAGUCGAACCCGCUGCAACUGUCAUUGAUGCACCGACAACAACAGCUGCUCCUGCUACAAGUAUUGUUCCUGCUACAACUUCUGUUACUACCACUGUGGCUGGUACUACCACCACAACAACUGGAGAACCUGUCACUGUUCCUGCUACCGUUCCUACAACUAGGCCCACAACUACAACCACCACCUAUGUGGCCCCCACAAUUACAGUGUCAAGGAAAGCAUCACCACUGUCAACAACUACCAGCACAGCUCCAACUACAACAACCAACGCAACAACCACUACUACAACACCUACUACUACAACUAGUACAACAACAACUACAACUGCACAUAUUAAACCUGUUCCACUGGUGGCUUUCGUCAUGCAACAAGUGUUUGUAGAAGCUUUAAAUGACCCUCAAAGUACACAAUUCCAAGAACUUGCAGUAACUAUUACUGCAGUGUUUGAUGUGAUCUACAAAGCAAAAUAUGGGAUCCUCUUCAUCCGGACGAUUGUUCUUGGAUUCACACCUAUUUUCCAUUCCCGUAUGGAUGCAAAAACAAAGGCAGAGGUCAAACUGGUGUUCAAUGAGACCUCCACUCAAUCUGUCCCUGAGGUUACUGACAUUAGCAAUACACUGAAAGAAGCAGUUGCCAAUCCAAACAUUACCUUUGGCAACCUCUCUGUGGAUGUUACCACCAUCAUUGUUAAAGUGCCCACCACAAAUAGCAACACAACUACAACGGCUACUCCUGUCAUCACUACUGCUAUCAUCACAACUACAACCACUGAAACUACGGUUGUGGCACUCACUAAGGUGACUGUGGUGUUCCGGUCCAGCGGAGAGACAUUUACCUCUGACCUAUCAAACAAAUCUUCUCAGGCCUUUCAAACCCGAGCAUUACUGAUUAAAACUCAGCUUGAUCCCUUCUAUCGAUCAGCUUUCACCUCUUUCAACAGUUUGACUGUGACAGAAUUCAGCUCUGGAUCCAUCAUCAAUACUAUGAAUUUAGCAUUCAGAUCCUCCUCCGUCCCAAAUUCCAGGGAGAUUGGCACUGUUUUAAUAAAUGCCGCCCCAAAAAUCACAGCUUUCAACAUUGACCCCACCUCAUUGAGAGUCAACGACACAGCUGUGACCUCAAGUGGAAUAAGCAGCAAGACGAGCCUCUGCACAGCAUUCUUUCUGGUGGUUCUGUCGCUGCUACUGUCAAGCCAACAUUAGUCUCCGUGGCAACGCCCACUAAAAACACUAUUUCACUCACUGGCAAGCAGCAGAACGAAAUAGUGUGUGUAGUCAUAUUUUCACUUUGAGAACUUCCCACACAUUCCAACCCCUACCCCAAUUCCACCCAUGAUUUGAAUAGUGUCCAAAAAUGAAAUCAAGUCUUGUAAGCUGACAUAAGAUACACUAUGUGUGGCAGUUGAACACAACGAUGUGAUAUAAUUACUGCCUAUUCGAUCAAAAUGUGUAAGUGUAUGGGUUUCCGUCAUAAGUCGAUGUUAGUUCCAUGCAAUGAAAAAUAAUGUUUGAUUUAAUAUGUACUUAAGGUUAUUUUUGAUUCGCUCUGUUGCUGAUAUGAACUAAAAACAUUUAAUCACUCUGUUGCUGAUAUGAACUAAAAACAUUUAAUCACUCUGUUGCUGAUAUGAACUAAAACGUUGAUUCACUCUGUCGCUGAUAUGAACUAAAAACAUGUAAUCACUCUGUCGCUGAUAUGAACUAAAAGCAUGUAAUCACUCUGUCGCUGAUAUGAACUAAAAACAUUUAAUCACUCUGUUGCUGAUAUGAACUAAAAACAUGUAAUCACUCUGUUGCUGAUAUGAACUAAAAACAUUUAAUCACUCUGUUGCUGAUAUGAACUAAAACGUUGAUUCACUCUGUUGCUGAUAUGAACUAAAAACAUUUAAUCACUCUGUCGCUGAUAUGAACUAAAACGUUGAUUCACUCUGUUGCUGAUAUGAACUAAAAACAUUGAAUCACUCUGUUGCUGAUAUGAACUAAAAACAUUUAAUCACUCUGUUGCUGAUAUGAACUAAAACAUUGAUUCACUCUGUUGCUGAUAUGAACUAAAAACAUGUAAUCACUCUGUUGCUGAUAUGAACUAAAACGUUGAUUCACUCUGUUGCUGAUAUGAACUAAAAACAUUUAAUCACUCUGUUGCUGAUAUGAACUAAAAACAUUUAAUCACUCUGUUGCUGAUAUGAACUAAAAACAUUUAAUCACUCUGUUGCUGAUAUGAACUAAAACGUUGAUUCACUCUGUUGCUGAUAUAAACAAAAACAUGUAAUCACUCUGUUGCUGAUAUGAACUAAUGAGAGAAAUAUUUUAUUUUCUAUUUUGACUUAACCAGUGAAACCUGGAUAACUGAUUUAAAUAAGGCCCUUUUGGAGCAAAAUGUUCUACAAUUUAAAUCAAUGUAGUUUUCAUUCUGUUAAACACUUAAUUAUUUCUUCAAUGGUCCUUGUGGACUUGAGUCACAUUACUUGGAGUCGAGUCAGACUUGAGUCACAUUACUUGGAGUCGAGUCAGACUUGAGUCACAUUACUUGGAGUCGAGUCAGACUUGAGUUACAAACAUGAUGACUUGCAACUCGACUUUGACUUUAACACCAAUGACUUGUGCCUUGACUUGGACUUGAGCCUUAUGACUUGACCUGACUUGAUACCCUCCCCAAGCCCAAAUAUUAAAAAUGAUGCUGUUAACAAAAAA